AUGGACUUUGGGGAUCUGACAAUCAGAAUUAUUUUUUUAUCACAAACUGCAAUUGGAAUUCUGGGAAACUUUUUUCUUAUCUUCUACUAUCUAGUCCUUUACUACAGAGAACACACAUUAAAGCCCACAGAUUUAAUCCUGAUGAACCUAAUGGCAGCCAAUGUCUUGAUAAUUCUCUCAAUAGGUGUGCCCCAAACAAUGGCAGUUUGGGGUUUGAAGGAGUUCUUGAACCAUUUAGAAUGUAAACUUGUAUUGUACCUUCAAGGAUGUGCUCGUGGUGUAUCCAUUUGCACCAUCUGCCUCUUGAGUAUAUACCAAACCCUGACCAUCAGUCCCAAGAAAUCUUUUUGGAAGUAUUAUAAAGUCAAAGUUGCCAAGUACAUUGGUUGUUGCAUUUCCCUCCUCUGGGUCUUGAAUGUAUUCAUUAAUUUCAUUUCACCUCUGUAUACAUUUAUCAAAAAGAAUAUCACAAAUCUGACAAGAAUACGAGAUUUUGAGUACUGUAUUCUUAUAGGGAGUGAUGACAUCAGUGACUCACUCUAUGCAGCUUUUGUGGUGUGCCCUGAAGUCUUCUUUUCUGUGCUCAUUGCCUUGGCAAGUGUCUUCAAGAUUGUCAUUCUGUACAGACACAAGAAGAAGGUUCAACACAUUCGUAGCACUCAUGGUUACAGCCAAACUUCCCCAGAGUCCAGAGCCACUCAGAACAUCCUCACAGUGGUGUCUACUUUUCUGGUCUUUUGUACUCUCACCUCCAUCUUAAGAGGCUGUGUAGCUCUUUUUCAUAGUCACAGUUGGUGGCUGAUUAAUAUCAAUCACUUCACUUCUCUGGGUUUUUCUGCUUUUGUACCCUUUAUUCUUAUGAGUCAUUACUCUAUUGUAUCUAGACUCUGUUUGGACUGGUUAAGAAAAAAAUUGUCUUAG